CUCACCCAACAUGUUCAAAACCUAAACGGCUUUUGUACAGUGUGUUUUAUUGGUGAGAGAAAAAGGAACUUCCAGCUUUUUGCGAGAACAAUAUGGCUGUUGGAAGUCGUUAUUUGCUCCUUGGUUUAUCUUUUAUGGUAUCCACCAUAUCAGUCAAAGCUUGUGUUAGUGCUGUGGAGGCAACAGUUCCCAAGGAGUUAAAGGCUGGAUACAUAAUAUCAGAAGUUAAUUUGCAGCACUGCUUAAACAGCACACACUUGGAGCUUACUACCAGUGAUGCAGACUUUGCCAUUCAGCAAGAUGGCCUCCUCUACGCAGUGCAUUCAACCAGGAUACAUUCUGGAGAAAGGGCUUUUGUAAUAUGGCUUCAAGACCAACAAUCGCACCAAAAGUGGAAAAUAGAUGUCACACUGUCAGUUGAACACAAUACGGUAAAGAGAGAGGUAACCCUGAAGCGCUCCAAAAGACGAUGGAGACCACUACCUUUUUCUAUUAGAGAGAACGAAUUGGGACCAUUUCCAAAAGAAGUUCAACAGAUCCAGUCUGACAGUUCACAGAAUUACAAUGUUGUUUAUAGAAUCUAUGGUCAGGGAGUAGAACUGCCACCUGUAGGUUUGUUCUCUGUGGUGCCAGAUACUGGAAUGCUGAAAGUACACAGGGCUGUGGACCGUGAAGAAAUUGCAGAGUACAAAUUCUUUGCAGAGGCAAUAUCACUAGAUGGCAUUAAGAGAGAUCGGGAUCUUGAUGUAACUGUUAAAGUGGAAGAUGAAAAUGAUAAUCGCCCUGAGUUUGCUAAGAUUAUUGUUAUCUCUGUACCUGAACAUUCUGCAAUUGAUACUAUUGUAGGACAAGUAAAUGCCACAGACCGAGAUGCGCCUGAUACACUUUUUAGUCAAGUGGCUUACAGAAUUGUUUCCAACACUGACCUGUUCAGGAUUCAAUCAGAAACAGGAGUUGUGUAUACAAUGUCUACUGCUUUGGAUAGAGAGGUGAAUAAAGACACCUAUGAACUUAUAAUAGAAGCCAUUGACUGUAAAGGUGUAUCUUAUGGAUUGUCAGGUACAGGAACUGUUAAGGUUGUAUUAACAGACAUAAAUGACAAUCCACCUACCUUCAGAGCCAAAAAAUAUGAAGCUAAAGUUGAAGAAAAUAAGAAAGAUGUUCUUCUUUUACGAAUUCCAGUGGAUGACAAGGAUGUGGUUAAUACAUCGAAUUGGAAAGCUAAGUUUGUUAUUAAAAAGGGUAAUGAAAAUGGAAAUUUUAGAAUUGAAACAGACCCUGUCACAAAUGAAGGACUUCUGUAUGUUAAUAAGGCUUUGGACUAUGAGAAAAAUGCAGUUGUAAAUCUGGAGGUGGCAGCUGAGAAUGAAGCACCACUGGUUGGCGCUAGAAGCAAUUGGGCCUCCAUUCCAGUGGAUAUUAAUGUGACCAAUGUGGAUGAGGGCCCAGAAUUCAAAACAGCAAAUUUGUUUCUUCGCGUUAAAGAAAACGAGCCAAACGGAACCCUUAUUGGGACCUACAGUGCAUUGGACCCAGAUACUAAAAACAGUGAUGGUAUACUGUAUUAUAAAGCCUCAGACCCUGCAUCAUGGAUCGACGUCGAUGAAAACACUGGCAAACUCUUAGUAGCUGGGAACAUGGACAGAGAGUCAUCGUUUGUGACAAACGGCAUGUACAAUAUCACAGUCAACGCUGUUGACCGGAGUUCAAAAACAGGUACUGGGACAGUAGUGAUAUAUUUAGAAGAUGAAAAUGAUAACAACCCUGUCAUCACCAAUAAAGACUUGACGAUUUGUGAGCAUUAUGGACAGUUGGGAUAUGCAAAGGUUGAAGCAGUGGAUAAAGAUGAUAAGCCUUUCUCAUCUCCUUUUACAUUUGGCUUCCCAAAGAACAAUGAUCAAAAUUGGAAAAUAACAAAUGUGGAAGCCACUUCCAUGCGCCUUCAACAAGCAACGGAACUACCUACUGGUACUUACAAAGUCCCUGUGAUUAUCCAUGAUCAACAAGGGAAAUCUGAACAGCAGACCGUAACAGUCAGAAUCUGCAAAUGCAACAAUGGGCAGUGUCUCUCAAGCCCGAUCUCAACUGCAUUUGGAGUAUGGGGGAUCCUGGCAUUGUUGUUAGCUUUAGCAUUAUUAUUAUUGUUGCUCUGUAUUUUGCUAACCUGUUUGUGUGGGAAGAAGAAAGAAAAAAUAGACAUUGAUAAUGGAGCUGAGGCAGUGCUGAUCAAGUCUAAUACAGAGGGCCCAGGUGAAGAAGUAAUGGCUUCAAAUUUCAGGAUUGCUGCAAAACAAACCGCCUUUGAACAACAGUCACAAUUUCAACAGCUGCCUGGAGGUGGUUUGCAAGAUAUUAAGCUCUCUGACUUCCAGAAAGCCAGUAAUGGCUAUGGUGGUGAAAUCCUGGAUGGUGGUAUGUGGAAUGGUCCUAGCUCAUUCCUAUCUCCCGCCAACAGCACUAUGCAAAAUAACUAUGGACAACAGUUUGGAGAUGGCGCUCAACAUUAUGUAGACCAAAACAGUACCAGCAUUUGGAGAACAAAUGGCUUGGUGAUUGAAAAGAAAUUGAAUGGCUUUCUAACAGAACACGAUGACAGAUUUGCUGAGGACAUUAGUCAUGUCUAUGGCUUUGAAGGCAAAGGCUCACUUGCUGGAUCUGUGGGGUGCUGCAGUGAACUAAAUUAUAACAGUGGAUUAGAAUUUGUAAAUACAUUGGGACCAAAAUUCAGAACAUUGGCACAAGUUUGCAGAAAGAAAUGAAGAUAUGAUGAACACUAAUUAUUUGGGCUUUAGAGAACAUCUUGCAAUCAGACUCUUGCGAAAUGAUUCAGUGUUUGCAAAAUGUGAGCUAUUCUAACCAGAGUGGAGUAAUUCAGUGUGUUUACAUGAACAUAAGAAUUCUGAAAUUUUUUGGAAUAUAUCAUUUUCUGAAAAGUAAUUCUGAUAUCAAGUCAUGUAAACACACCUUUUCCGAAAACGUAUUGGAAAAUUCCAAAAAUGAGUUUUCCGAAAACACCACCUAGAAUAUUCCAUAGUAUUCCGAAAACUAACAUAAUUUAUGUCAUUUAAAUACACUUUUCAGAACAAUUAUUCUGAUAGUGUACUGCACAUGUGCAAACUUUAACAUAAUUUCUGUGCACAUGAUUAUUAAAGCAACUAUAUCCAUAUUUCUAGCAGAAAAAAAGCUAAGAAAAACAAAACACAGCGGCAAUAAUGAUUAAACUUCUUGGACACACCUAUUUCAACAUCCAUAUCACUUGCAUCUUAAUUGACUUUUUAUAAUUACAAAUAAAGCCCAACAACGUUUAUUUUUGAAUAAGGAAAAAGGAAAGUAUGGUAUCAGUUUUUCUUGGCAACUUAUAGAACUGCGUCUUGUGUAAGGGUGGAAAUAAAAAGCAGGCUAGUGAUGUGCAUAAUGGGAACCGCUUAAUGAUUUUGGAUUAUAUAAUAUGUAGUCCAAGGGAUGCUUUUCUAUUUUGUGUUGUAUUCUCAGAAACAAAAAACAAUCAAUAAAAUAAUUAUUAAUGGA